AUGCAAUUUGAUCGAUUUGGAUUUGCUAUUUAUGGAAAUACGGAAGAAUCGCAGGACGACAUUCGAUAUCAUGAUUAUGAUGAAGGAAGCGUUGAUUCCAAUUUUUUAACAACACAACGUGUUUGGGAGAAAAUAGUCAACAAUUGGGAAAAAUAUACUAAUGGAUCUCCUAAUAAAGAAAUGGUGAAAAUGGUUUAUCACGACUUAGUUGAUGUAAAUAUUAGUGAGUAUUGCAUCGAUCAUGCAAUUAUUACCCUAUCCAAAUAUGAAUGCUCGUCUUCUAUAGAAUCUUCGAAUAUGACGGCGAAAACUGCAGCUCGCAUUUCCAUCAUGAGACAAAUUAUGGUGGAUAUAGGACGUUCGUUUCCUACCCAUCGAAAAUUUAUGGGUGAUCUAGCUGAAGGCAAGGAAGGAAGAGCUCAGUUAUUUAGACUUCUAAUGGUCUACGCAUUGUACAAUCCUUCUAUCGGUUACUGCCAAGGUAUGGCAUUUAUCGCCGGUAUGUUGCUAAUGCACAUGAACGAAGAGGAUGCUUUUUGGUCAAUGGUGUCGUUAUUUGAAAAAUCGAAAUAUCUUAGAGGAUAUUUUGAUAAAUCUCUAUCGCGGAUUCACCGAAAUGCGGAAGUCUUUUGGCGUAUUCUUGAACAAAAAAUGCCUAAACUAUGGCAUCAUCUUGACGAUAUGAAAAUUCACCCUCUUAUGUUUAUAACUCAAUGGUUUAUGACUCUUUAUACUAGCCUUCCAUGCUGGGAUACUGUAUUAUGCAUUUGGGAUAUGACACUUUUUGAAGGAACUUCGACUUUAUUUCGUAUUGCAAUUACCAUUAUGAUGCAGUUAGAAGACGAAUUACUCGGAGCCACAAAUUUAACUGAUCUAAUGCCAUGUAUUCUGAAAAUUUCACCAAAAAUCGUUAAAAAAUCAAAGUUUAUACCGGCUGUGCGGAAGACCGUUCUCCCUGAAUGGGAAAUUGAAGCUGUGCAAGCAAUUAUCCAUGAAGAUAAAGCAGAUGAAGUAGCGAAAAGGAAAAGGUUGGAACCAGAAUUAGAUGAGUUAGGUAGCAGGGACAAGCGCAGUCGGAUAGACGAAACCCAAGCUGUUGUUACAAGCGAUAAUCAAGUAUCAGAGUCGAGUUUGCUUCAGAAGCUUGCAGGUAUAAUAUCAGGAACUAAAGAAAUAAAGAAGCAUAAGGCGAGGAGAACUUCUCAAAUCACCCCGAAAAGAAGACAAAAUGAUAUCCGAAGGAGAAGGGCAAAACCUGUAAUGAUCGAAAUGAAAAACUUAGGAAACGUGAAAGUGGAUAAUUUAGCAUCAAAUGUAUCGAUGCUGAACAAUCCAUUGUAUAGUGAUGCUAAGUCUCGGAGCAUAAAUAAUCAAGAGAAUACGUUCUCCUUCAGGAAAGAGCUCAAUAAUGACCAGUUAUUCAAAACUGCUAGAAAUGAUUGGUUCUGUAGUUCAGCAAUUACUAAUUCACCAGACGUUGAAAUGAGCGACUUCAACAAGCAAAGUGUGCGAUUGAAGCUUGAACUUGAGAAUGUAGACUAA